AUGGCCACUGUUAAUCCCACCACUGCUGAUAUCCAGCACGAUAUCACCAACAUCGGCAAGGACGACUCUGCAAAAAACUCCACUACGAGUAAAACGAAUGAUUUAGAGUCUCUUUCAUCGGAGCGUCGUCCUGUGGCAAAAUGGUACCACUGGCACGAACCAGGGACGUCUCCCCAGGAGAAGAGACUUAUCCUGAAAAUAGAUUUCUUUCUACUCAGUAUCUCAUGUCUAAUCUUCUUCAUCAAACAAGUGGACGGAAAUAAUGUCAACAAUGCUUACGUCUCCGGCAUGUCUGAGGAACUGAACAUGGGCCCGGGUGACGAGCUCUCCUGGAUGAAUACCUAUUUUUCGAUCGGAACUAUUGUUGGGGGAACCUUUGCCAAUAUGGUAAUCACCAUCAUCAAGCCCAGGUACUGGCUAUCCCUAUGCCUAAUGAUUUGGUCCGUGUUCGUCCUUGCAAUGUACAAGUGCAAUACUGCCCCGCAAAUGUAUGUCCUUCGGUUCUUCAUUGGACUUUUCGAGUCUGCUGUCUGGCCGGGCGUCAUGUGGUGUCUCGGAUCCUGGUAUCGAAAAAGCGAGCUCGCGCGACGGAGUGGCCUCUUCGUCAUGAGCGGUGUUGUCGGAGGCAUGUUUUCUGGCUAUCUGCAAGCCGCGUUGUAUACCGGCAUGAACGGGAAGCAAGGUCUAUCAGCUUGGAGAUGGUUGUUUAUCUUCGACUUUAUAUUAGCCAUUCCCGUGGCCUUUUAUGCAUUUUUCUGUCAUCCCGACACUCCAGAUAAAACAGAGGCUUGGUAUUUCACUGAAUGGGAAAAGAAACGAGCCCUAGAGAGAAUGGAAGAGGACGGGCGCAAGCCGACAGGCAAACUCGACUGGACAGUUCUUCGUCGUACAUUCGGCACCUGGCAGGUGUAUGCCUUUACUCUGGGAUACUCGUUCUGGUGCCUGACCUGUGGAAGCUUCGUGCUACAGUAUUUUUCUCUCUAUCUCAAGGCUACGGGCAGGUUUUCGGUUCCACAGAUCAACAACAUUCCAACAGCGCUUGGAGCCGUCAACUUCGUCACAAUGAUUUCUACCGGUUAUAUUGCAGAUAAAAUCGGAACUCGUUGGCCGGUAUGCCUUACCAUCGGCUUGAUCAUGACAUUCAACUACGCUGUGCUGACAGUGUGGAACGUUCCACACACCCUCCGCAUGGUUGUUUUCAUCCUCCAUGGUGUCUACGGAUGCUUCACCCCUCUUCUGGCCGGGUGGACGAACGAAUGUUGCGGCGGCGAUCAGCAAAAGCGUGCUCUGGUUCUCGGAUUUAUGGUGUCCGUGGGCCAAGCCGUCGUUAUCCCAUUUCAACAAAUUCAAAUGCCCUCUGGCUCCGCACCGGAAUUCAAGAAGACGCAUGGAUGGGGAAGCUCUCUGGCUUGGGUUGUCAUUCUUACCGUGUGGACCGGAUUUUGUAUCCCACUACUGCAGAGGCGGUACGGAAAGGAGAAGGCCGGCUCUAUUUCUGAAUCCGCAGACGAAACCGGCGAGCCAUAG